GACCCGUUCAUCUUGUGUCCUCCAGGAACAGGGUGAGAAGAAGGAGAACCCCAUGAGGGAGCUUCGCAUUCGCAAGCUCUGCCUGAACAUCUGCGUCGGUGAGAGUGGAGACAGACUGACCCGAGCUGCUAAGGUGCUGGAGCAGCUCACCGGGCAGACCCCUGUCUUCUCAAAGGCCCGCUACACUGUGCGAUCCUUCGGUAUCCGCAGAAAUGAAAAGAUUGCUGUCCACUGCACCGUCCGUGGAGCCAAAGCAGAAGAGAUCCUGGAGAAAGGACUCAAGGUGCGUGAGUACGAGUUGAGAAAGAGCAACUUCUCCAAUACCGGAAACUUCGGCUUCGGUAUCCAGGAACACAUCGAUCUGGGUAUCAAGUAUGACCCCAGCAUUGGCAUCUACGGACUGGACUUCUACGUGGUUCUGGGCAGACCCGGCUUCAGCAUCGCCGACAAGAAGCGGAAAAGAGGCCGCAUCGGUUUCAGGCACCGCAUCCGCAAAGAGGAGGCCAUGCGCUGGUUCCAGCAGAAAUAUGAUGGCAUCAUCCUCCCCGGCAAGUAAAGGACCACGUUUGAUGUUUGUAACAAAUAAAAUGGGAAAAACAAA